AUGCAAGCUAAAAUCGUAAAUAAAAUCUUUGAAAUCUUUAGUCAAAUAGCAGUAAUAUUAUCUGCACAAGCUACUGAUAUUUCAGUUAAUAAAGCAACAAGAUCUUUAUUUAAAGAAUAUAAUACACCUGAAGAAAUAUUACAACUUGGUGAAGAAAAAUUAAGAAAUUAUAUAAAAUCUAUUGGUCUGUUUAAUAAUAAAGCAAAACACAUAAUUGCCCUAUGCCACAAUUUAAUAAAUAAUUAUAAUAGUAAAGUACCAGACAAUUUUAAUGACUUAAUUAAAUUACCAGGAGUAGGUAGAAAAACUGCUAACGUUAUACUUAAUUGCCUUUUUGAUAAACCAACUAUGGCAGUUGAUACUCAUCUAAAAGACUUGGAAUUGCAAAAGGAAAUAGUCCAAAAGAAGUAG